AUGUCACUAACGAAACAACAUUCGCAGAUAGCCAUCGACAACCUUGCCAAUUUCUUCGGCAUGGCACAGGCGGUGAAUUUGGGCCGGGUACCACCACAGCCACACCCAACCAGCAAAUCCCACAACAACCACACAUCUUCACUACUACCAUUUCCAUAUUCUUCGACACCAGCAAACCACCAAAAUUCCACCAGUCAAUCAAAACAUGCCACGUCACCGCGACCCAAAAAAGACCACGUGACUCAUCACAUGACCCACGUCGUAGUCACAGAAGGGAAAAAACGGAAGUUGUUAUGCCGAGAGAAAAAGAAAAAGACGAAAAUAAAAUCUCCAGUUUUAGAUUACAACAAAUGGGAAACGAUUCCUAGCUCAAGCGGCAAAGGACCUGUCAGUACUGAACUCGGUUUGAGUGCGACGCGUGCUGGUUCGAUUGCUCGUCAGAGCGAAGAAAAUUUAGUGGUAAGUAGUUUGGAAAAAGAUUGCGACAGAGAGGACGUAGAGAAAAAAGGAGCUGUGACGUGUUGUCGCGUAGACAGCAGCCAUCUUUGUAGCCGCCAUCUGGCUGCGAAGAGGAGGUUGACGAAUUUAAUAGAUGCUACAUGCACGCCGCUGAGACAAAAUUUUAGAACUAUCUUGCCAGAACAUUCUCCUAUCAAGUACCAUUGCAACAACAACAUCAGCAGCAGCAACAACAACAACAAAAGCAACAACAACAACACAAUCAUCUCAUACCACGCUUACCACCAGCAACAACAUCUUCACCAAAACCAGCAUUGCUGCCUAGAAAACAGCAGACAUAUUGAUUGUUCGCCACUGCAGUUUAUUAAAAAUUUUCAAGAAGAAAAUAAGAAUGUGAUGCAACGAUACUCGCCGCUCGAUAGCAUUUUGAGACAGCAGCAGCAGCAACGACAACAGCAUCAUCAAAACGCACGCCCUCAUGCCGUAACAUGCAACUCGAAAUGCGCCACAACAACGACAAACAACAACAACACAACAACAACAACAACAGAAAACAACAACAACAACGACGACACUGCUUUUCAGUAUGACAGGCAAAUUGCCAUUGAAACGCGGGAAAUAAAACGCACAUUGAAAUCAUUUAUGGUCAAACUGAAGACCAAAGACAAAAAAGAUUUACAAGAUCAACAAUGGCGUCUGGUGGCUCUCGUCCUGGAUCGCUUUUUAUUCUAUGUUUACCUCAUAUUUAUUAUCGUCUCUAUGGUGGUUCUUUUUCCUUGGAUGGAGGCUUUCACUGCCACAAAACUUUUAAGAGAGGACGUUGGGGUCAGGGGCGGUUAUGAUAACAAUUACGGUGGUGAUGAUGACGGUGAUGCCUACAUUGGCGGUAGUGGUAGUAGCGUUUUUGGCGGCGGCGGUGGUGGUGGUAGUAGUAGUAAUAGUAAUGACGUCGGUGCCUUUGUUUUUAAUCAUAAUACUGACGAUAGUGGCGAUUAUGGAGUGACUGUGUGA